CCUCCUCCUGGCUCCCUCUCAACCCAACACCAAACUCGUCCUACACUUUAAAGUGAAUAGAUCUUGAUAUUAAUGACCGAUUAUUCAUUAACGUGUAUGCGAAACCGAAGGAGCGUUUUGAUUGGCCAAAACGAGGGGGGAAUGAGCGUUCUGAUUGGCCAGGGGGAGGGGAGAAGGAGCGAGUGAAAGUUGGGAGUGGGGAGAAAGAAGGAAGGGUGAAAAGAGAGCGAGAUAGCGGAACAAAGGCCACGGUGUGCCCUGCCAGCCCGCCGCUGCCGCCAGACGUCUCCAUGUCUUCAUCCUCUUCCUCCUCUUCGUCGUCCCGGGCAACCGGCAGCAGCCAUAGUGCCGGCGGUAGCGGUGUUCCCACGGCAACAGUCCCAGGCGCCUCCUACGAUCAGCUGCUGUGGCAGGUGGAGCUGCUGAAGAUGGAGAACUCCACCCUAAGGCAGGAGCUACAGCACAACUCCUCCCACCUCUGCAAGCUGGAGAGCGAAGCCUCCAACAUGAAGGAGGUCCUCAAACAGCUCCAGGGCACCAUAGAAGAAGAGACCAGUGACAUCCCCGCCCAGCUGGACUUUAUGGAACGAAUGAAAGAGAUGAGCAUCGAGCCCGCUAGCCUAGCGCCUGUGAAGCUACGUGCUAACAAGCCCGCAGCGUCCCCGGCUGCCGCCACCCAGUCCCCACUCAGCCAGGGGCCCCACGGCUCCUCCUACCCCAAGAGAGGGGCCCCUGCGCCCCCGGCCCCCGCCACGCUCUCCCCUCCCGGCGAUGCUAACCAGACCCCUGCCGGCUACCUGGAGCAGCUGAAGCAUGAGAGGUCCCUCCUAUUGGCUGAACUAGACAAGGAGGAGAAGGAGAAGGAGUGGUACUAUGGCCAGCUCCAGAACCUGACCAAGCGCAUCGACAGCCUCCCUCUCUCAGACAACUUCUCUCUGCAGACAGACAUGACGAGACGUCAGCUGGAGUUUGAGGCCCGACAGCUGAGAGGAGCCAUGGAGGAACAGCUAGGCUCCUGCCAGGACAUGGAGCGACGAGCACUGGCCCGGCUGUCUCGUAUCCAGGGCAUAGAGAAGGACCUGCUGAGAGGAGGACAGAGGCUGCUGCAUACUGAAGACAAGGCUGAGGGCGUCCAGGUGUGUGCAGACAGCAGCAACGCUGCCAAUAAUACACAGGUGUGUGAGCAGGACUCCACCAGCGAGGCGUCCUCCACUGGGGGGUACUCCAUCCCUCGCAGGCUCACCAGCCACCUGGGGACCAAGGUGGAGAUGGUGUACAGCCUGCUGUCCAUGCUAGGAACGCAUGACAAGGACGACAUGUCCCGCACCCUGCUGGCCAUGUCCAGCUCGCAGGACUCGUGCAUCGCCAUGCGCCAGUCGGGCUGCCUGCCCCUACUCAUCCAGCUACUGCACGGCAGCGACAAGGACUCUCUGCUGCUAGGGAACUCCCGGGGCAGUAAGGAGGCCAGGGCCCGGGCCAGCGCCGCGCUCCACAACAUCGUCCACAGCCGGCCGGACGACAAGCGGGCCCGCCGAGAGGCCCGCGUGCUGCACCUCCUGGAGCAGGUCCGGGUCUACUGCGAGGCCUGCUGGGCCUGGCAGGAGGAGCACCAGGCCGGGACCCAGCCCGACAAGAACCCCGUCCCAUCGCCAGGGGAACACCAGAUCUGCCCGGCAGUGUGCGUUCUCAUGAAGCUCUCGUUUGACGAGGAGCACCGACACGCCAUGAACGAACUGGGCGGUCUGCAGGCCAUAGCGGAGCUGCUGCAGGCUGACUGUGAGCUGUACGGGCUGACCGCCGACCACCAGAGCAUCACGCUGCGGCGCUACGCCGGCAUGGCGCUCACCAACCUCACCUUCGGGGACGUCGGCAACAAGGCCACGCUGUGCUCCAUGAAAGGCUGCAUGAGAGCGAUGGUGGCCCAGCUCAAGUCUGACAGCGAAGACCUGCAGCAGGUGGUGGCUAGCGUACUGCGCAACCUGUCAUGGCGCGCAGACGCUAGCAGCAAGAAGACGCUACGUGAGGUUGGCAGCGUGGCCGCACUCAUGUCCUGCGGACUGCAUGUACAGAAGGAGUCCACCCUGAAGUCUGUGCUGAGCGCGCUCUGGAACCUCUCGGCUCACUGCAGCGACAACAAGGCCGAACUCUGUGCUGUUGGCGGCGCGCUGGGCUUCUUAGCCCGGGCGCUAGCUCAGCGGGGACCGGCGAGCGCCGCGCUAGCCGUGGUGGAGAGCGCCGGCGGCAUCCUGCGAAACGUCUCCAGUCUGGUGGCCACCAACCAGGCCUACAGACAAGUGCUCCGUGACAACGGUUGCCUGGCGACCCUGCUGCAGCACCUGCGCUCCCCCAGCCUGACGGUGGUGUCCAACGCCUGCGGGACCCUCUGGAACCUGUCGGCCCGCGACCCCCGCGACCAGGAGGCCUUGUGGGAGAUGGGCGCCGUGGCCAUGCUGCGCAACCUGGUGCACUCCCGCCACAAGAUGAUCGCCAUGGGCAGUGCCGCCGCCCUGCGCAACCUGCUGGCCAACCGGCCCGCCAAGUACGCCUCGGCCGCCGCCGCCGUGGGCGGGACGGGGCCCGGCGGCGACCUCACGGCCACGCCCUCGCUGCACGCCCGCAAGCACAAGGCGCUGAUCGAGGAGCUGGACGCGCAGCGGCAGCAGCUCUCGGAGACCUUCGACGGGCUGGAGAACCUGGGCCCCGCCCACCACCACCGCCGCCACCGCCAGCCCUCGCCGUCGGCCGCGCAGCACCUCCACCUGCAGCAGCAGGCGCCAGGCCGCGGGGGGCCGGGGGGCCGGCGCCACAAGGGCGAGGAGGAGGGCGGCGGCGGGGCGCGCUCGCCCUACGCCAACACGCCCGUCCUGUCGUCGCCCCGCGCUCCGCCCCGCCCCCCCGCCCUGGCGUGGCCGGCGGCCUCCAGCGACAGCCUGCACAGCGUGGGCAGCGCCGACGGCUACGGCGCCACGGAGGAGGAGCGGCUCCUGGAGGAGGAGCGCCUGCUGGCCGGCCGCCAGGAGGAGGUGGAGGAGGAGGAAGAGGAGGAGGAGGAGGAGGAGGAGGGGGCGGCGUACCGGCGUUACCCGGCCGACCUGGCCCACAAGAUCCACAGCGCCAACAGCAUGGCGGACGCCGCCGACGCCGAGCUGGACACACCCAUCAACUACAGCCUCAAGUACUCCGACGAGCAGCUGCACUCCGGCCGCCAGAGCCCCGCCCCCGCCCCCGGCCAAUCGCGCGGCCGGGAGCGGGAGAAGGACGAGGAGGAGGAGGCGGAGGAGGGGGCGGGGCGGCGGGAGGACCGCCGGCGGCCGUACCCGGCGGCCUACCGGGCCGGGAGCCGCGCCGACGGCCAGCACCCCCGCCCGCCGCACCGCAGCGACGGGGAUGACUUUGGCGAGGGCAACCUCCCCCCCCACCGCCACGAGCAGGAGCCCAUCGACUACAGCAUCAAGUACGGCGGCCACGCCUCCCCUGGCUGCGCGGCCUCCUCUCCCGCCGCCUCUUCCUGUAAGAGCAACGCCGGCGGCCAGAAGCCCCUCCCCGCCAAGGCCGCUGGGGGCGGAGUCAACCAGGACAUGCCCCUGACCUACUGCGUGGAGGACACGCCCAUCUGCUUCUCGCGGGGCAGCUCUUUGUCCUCGCUGUCGUCGGGCGACGAGGACGACGGGCGCAGUGGGCGGCGCCGGGCGGGGGGGCGGGGCCAGGGCCACUACCCCACGCUCCCCGCGGGACAGAAGGAGGAGCGGGACGACCCCCAGGCCAUGAGCAUGGCCGCCGGCCCCUCGGAUGGCCUGUCCCCCGACGCCCCGGGGCAACGCCAGCUGUCCCGCCGCGCGCCCACCGCGUACCAACAGCAUCACCACGGCAACCAGCAGAUGCACCAUCACCACGGCAACCACCAUCACCACCAGCAGCCGCAGGCCCCGGCGGCGCCCAAGACCCCUCCCCCGGUGGCCCCGUCGUCGGCCCCGUCGUCGGCGCUGGCGUCGGCGCUGGAGACGCCCCUGAUGUUCUCCCGCUGCACCUCCCUCAGCUCCCUGGACAGCUUCGGCUCGCCCUCCAUCAACUCCUCGCACCCCAGCGAGCCCGGCAGCGGCGGGGCCAGCGGCGUGGUGAGCCCCAGCGACCUGCCCGACAGCCCCGGCCAGACCAUGCCCCCCUCCCGCAACAAGACCCCCCCUCCGCAGCCCGCCUCCCUGAAGCCCCCCGCCUCCGACCUGCAGGCCUCCGCCGCCUGCCUGGCGCGGGCCCAGCGGGGCCACGGCAGCGCCCGCGGCCCGGCCAGCGGCGGCAACCGGGAGGAGGAGGAGGAGGACUUCCUGCUGCACUUCGCCACCGAGAGCACGCCCCACGGCUUCUCGCGCGCCUCCAGCCUGAGCGCGCUCAGCGUGGACGAGCCCUUCAUCCCCCGCCAGCCGGAGGUCCCGGGCCACUCGGCCCCCGUCGCCAUGGCGACCUCGGCCCCGGACCGAGGCCCGCAGAGUGCGUCCGGCGGUGGCAGCGACGACAUGGACACGGUCGUCGGGGACGACGACGACGACGACAUCUCUAUCCUGGAGGCGUGCAUCCACUUGGCCAUGCCCACGCGGUCGUCACGCCGACCGAAGAAGGCCGCGGCUUCAGACGGCGCACCGGCCCCUCCCCCGGCCCCCCGCGGCACCGAGGGGCAGACGGCCGGCGGCCCCGUGUCUGCCAUGGCCGCGGCGGGCCGUAAGCCCAGCCUCCUGCCCGUGUACAAGCUCCACCCCCAGCAGCACAGGCCCCGCCCCCUUGAGGAGGAGACCCCCCUUGUGUACUGCGUGGAAGACACGCCCCUGAACUUCUCCACCGCCACCUCGCUGAGCGACCUCACCAUAGACUCUCCGCCCACCGAGGUCGCCACCGGAAACCACAGGGGGCGGCGCCACGCCCCGGUCGCCGCCAUGACCAGGGAGGAGGAGCAGGAAGUCAAAAGGCAGGGGAGGGAGGUGGCGGACGACGAGGAGAACGAGGACAUCCUGGCCGAGUGCAUCAGUGCCGCCAUGCCCAAGCCCCGCCCCCAACGCAACCUCCCUCAGCCUCAACGCCACGCCCCGCCCACCGACGGCAACGCUCCCAGCGCCGCCAACACGGCCAUCUGCAGCCUGGCGCAGCGCGAGUCGGAGCUCCGCCCCAAGCCCACCUCCCCCGUCAAGCCCAUGGUGGCACAGCGGCCGGCUCCGCCCCCUCCCCUGCAAGGGGGCGGCGGCCAGCGGCGGCGCUUCGCCUACGACUCGCCGCACCACUACACGCCCAUCGAGGGCACGCCCUGCUGUUUCUCCCGCAACGACUCCCUCAGCUCGCUGGACUUUGACGAGGAGGAGGAGGGGCCUGAGGGGGACCGGAGGCGGCCCGCCGAGCGUCCUUCCGUCCCGGAGGCGCCGCAGCACAAGCCCCCGCAGCAGAAGCUGGCACCGCCCGCGGCCGCCGUGCUCCCCCGCAGCAAGGAAGGGGCGGAGCCCCCGCCGCCGCCGUCGGGGGUGGCGCCGGACGACAGCCGCCAGCUGCGGUUCGCCGUGGAGGACACGCCCGUCUGCUUCUCGCGGAACUCCUCCCUCAGCUCCCUGAGUGACAUCAUGGACCAGGAGAACAACAACGUCGCCAGCCCCCCCUCGCCACCGCCGCCGCAAGAGCCCCCGGCGAAGCCUGCCCCCCCGCAGGCCCCCCCCGUCGCCGCCACUCAGGGGCACGCACAAGCCCCGCCUCCUAACGGCCAGCCGGUGCCGCCAGGCCGGGCGGGCUACGCCCCCCGGGCCUUCAACGUGGAGGACACGCCUGUGUGCUUCUCCCGCAACUCGUCCCUCAGCUCCCUCAGCAUCGACUCGGAGGACGACCUACUGCUGGAGUGCAUCAGCUCCGCCAUGCCCAAGAGGAAGCACCCGGCGGCCCCCCCGCAGCCCGCCGCGCCGCUCGCCUCCACGCCGCCCCCCCGCCAGGAGCAGGAGGAGGCGGAGGGCGGCGUGAAGGAGGAGGAGGAGGCGUUCGACUGGAAGGCGAUCCAGGAGGGGGCCAACUCGGUGGUCAGCAGCCUGAACCAGGCGGCGGUGGCGGAGCCGCCCCCGGACUCGUCAGACGAGGACUCUGACUCGGUCCUGUCGCUGCGCUCCGGCCUCUCCCUCUCCCUGGGAUCGCCCUUCCACCGCGCGCCCCGCCCCGCCGCCAAGGCACCGCUGCCGGAGGAGAGGCCGCUGGGGAAAGACCGAGGAGGCGGGGCCGGCGAGGAGGAGCUGGAGGAGGAGGAGGAAGAGGAGGAGCAGGAGGAGCAGCAGCAGCAGCAGCAGCAGGAGGAGGGGGGGGAGGAAGAGGCGGAGGAUGGGGAGGGUCCGGAGGAGCCCCCCGCCCCCCGCGAGCCGACAGGAACGGCGGGCGCGUGCCCGAGGGGCGGGGCCCGCGUGCUGCGGCCGGGGGAGCGCAGUACCCUGGAGGAGAAGAGGAGGCGGGAGGAGGAGGAGCGCAGCACGGCUCUGAAGGGCGGGAAGAAGGUGUACAGGAGUCUGCUGACGGGCCGGCCGCGCCCCCAGACGGACGCCACCCCGCCGGCGCCCCGCCCUCGCCCCCAGUCAGACACGCCUCCCCCUGCCCCUCGACCCCGCCCCCAGACAGACGCGACCGCUCGGCCACGCCCCACGUCAGACACGCCACCCUCGGCGAUGGCCACGCCCUCCCCGAGGGGGCGCGCCCUCAAAGCCCCCGGCGCCGGCCUCCCCCCGCCGCGCCUCAGCACUAAGACCCCUCCCGGCAGGAGGGCGGAGCCCGGGGAGGGGGGGCGGGGCCGGGGGGCGUCGUCCUCCCGCUCCGGCUCUCGAGACUCCACCCCCUCCAGACGUCCCGUCCCCCUCACCUCCUCUUCGUCGUCCUCCACCUCGUCCACAAAGUCCCCCGGAGCCGCGCCCCCCACGUCCCGCCUCUCCUGUCCGUCACCAGGGCGACCGGCCAAGCAGGCCCCUCCCCCCGGCCCGCCCAUCAGGAAGUCCAACAGCGGCGGGCGGGCCGCUGUGGGCGGGGGCGCGGCGCCAGGCGGCGAGGCCGUGGAGCGCCCCGCCCUAGUCCGCCAGUCCACCUUCAUCAAGGAGGCUCCGAGCUCCGCCCCCGGGAGGAAGAGGUCAGAGGAAGCCCCGCCCCCGGCGGCAGACCCCGUGAGCUCCUCCAGUUCCUCCACACGCCCCGCCCCCUCGAGCCACUCCACCGUCUCCUCCUCCUCCUCCUCUUCCUCCCUGAACAACAACCAGAACCCCAACCGCUCCCACUCGGAGAGCCCCUCCCCCUCCCCCCGCCUCAGCCGCACGGGCACCUGGAAGAGGGAGGGGGGGGGGAGGAGGGGCGAGGGGGAGGGGGGCCAGCACGGCUCCUCCCUCCCCCGCGUCGGCACCUGGAAGCGUGCGGGCAGCUCUUCCUCCCUGCUCUCGGCCUCCUCCUCCUCCUCCCGGGGCGACCAGGAGGAGCCGCGGGGGGGGGGCACCUGGCGCAAGGCCAAGGAGCAGCAGGAGGAGGUGUGGGUCCGCAUGGAGGACUGUCCCAUCAACAGCCCCCGGCCCUCGUCCUCAUCCUCGUCCUCCUCCAACGCCCCGCCCGUCAUCAGCGCCCCCUCGCCGCCCAAGACGGGCGUCACCGUGACGACCCCCGGCCGCCCCUCCCCCAACGCCAACCUCAACCUCCGCAGCCGAAGCCGCGACAGUCUGGAGACCACGCCCCCUGCGGCCCCCCCCGGGCGCACCGGGCCCUUUGAGAGGGCGGGGCCGGGGAAGGGGUACUUGAACGGCCCGGCGGGGGGAGGCGGUGGCGGGGGGGGAGGGACGGUGGCCGCCCGGGUCUCGCCCUUCAACUACGUACCCAGCCCCCGCAAGAGCAGCGCUGACACGAGCACCCCCGCCUCCAGCCACACGCCCUCCCCCUCCAGCACCAGACCCUCACUCAUCCCUUCCCCCGUGGCGGUCAGCACCGCCGGGGGGGGGAAGAAGAGACCCCAGCAGACCCCUCCCUCCCCCUCCCCCUCCAAGGGAGACGGCUCCGAGAGAGGGUCUUAUAUAGUCACCUCCGUUUGACCCCUUUCCAGCCCCUCCCGCCUAAGUUAUGUCCUUUCCCUGUAAGAAACGCCCCUCCCUCUAGGACCUCCCCUUUCCCUGUAAGACACGCCCCUUCCUCUAGUACCGUUCAAAUUGAGACCUGAAUUUACAAAAACAAAACUAUUCUACAACAAAACUUUCAAAGUGAAAUGUCAACACUAAAGACAACCUGGGGGAAAACACUCAAAGACAGACAGCAUGAACCUAUUGGCCGAGAGUGUUUUUCUUAUGUGCUAAUGUGUGUGUGUGUGGGGGGGGGGUGGUAUUUAGAGGGGUGACGGAGUCUUGCUGCUGAUUGCAUUCUUGGUUGAAACCAGGAAGUUCUGGCCAAACACAACACAACACAACACAACACUUUUAUGCGCUAAACAUGUUCAACUUUUCCAAGAAGAAAAUGACUUGAAAGUUGAAUAAGGGCAUCACUCCCCAUCAAGCUUAUAUUUAUACGUUAGAUAGACGCGUAGAAAUAACUCUUACUGCAUCAGCAUGCUAUAACACACACACACACACACACACUACCAUUGCCGUGGCAACACUGUUGAAUUUGAAUAUUCUACAAUGAAAAUAGCAACCGAGAGGUAUGUUAUUUUUGUUGCACAUUCAAGUACGUUUAAUAAUCCCUCGUCUGCCCUGAAAAACGUCAGUAAAAUACUAGUGUAAUGCUUUAACUUGUAUGUACCAUCGUGCAAAAACCUACGUUUUAUUUCUUUUCCCUCUAAAACUGUCUUGGACCCUUUUUUUAUAUUUUGUUAAUUUAUUUCUGAGAAAUUAUAUUAAAGAUUCAACUAAUAUCUUUGCGUUCCUUAAAGUGUACAUUACUAUGUUUUCUGGCCUUGUGCUCUGAAUGUUGGCUGUGUGGGCAGGGUGGUCCCUGCACUUGUAUUAAUAUAUAAACACGUGGGAAUGGACUGCUUCCCCCAACAGGUCAAGAAGUGAUUCUAACCGUGAGAGAGCUGUUCAUAUCUUUAUGUUCCUGUUUAAGAUGUAAAGCCCACACACGUUAUUUGAGAUUGUUUCAAGUGUAAGAAGAACCCAGUUAAUAACCCCUUGCUUAAAAAUAAAGAAUACAAUUGACUGGCGAAAUGAUGUCACUAAUCACUUAAAUUAUUAAUUCUGUAUUUUCCUGUGUUGGAAAAUGUGUAAGAUAUAGAAAAUAAAGUCAACUAUCAGCUGUU